AACGUUUUUCAGAAGGAAGUUCUUCAAAACUGUUUUGCUAUAAAGCAUCCAGAACGUGACUUUAAAUUUCUUUUUUGUGCUUUAGAUUUAAAAUUUCGUGGUUUUUCAAAGAGGCAUCAUGAUGUCGACUAAAUUAGAAGCCGUUCAACUGGAUUCCAUCCGUUUGGACGCUGAUGAUAUAGAAGUGAAAACUGAGAGUGUUGAGCCAAUAGAUGCAAUGGCAUCUUCUAAAUCUGAGCCCAUGCUUAUAACAAUUACAGGUGUUGGAAAAAAAACGUCUUCACGACUAAAAAAGUUUGAAAUUGAAAUUAACAUUGUGACUGGACGUCGCUCCAUUGGCGUCAACAGCGAGGACGAGCGUGUGGAUUAUCAUAAUAAUGGACAUACAGACGAAGAUGAAAGUGAUAUUUCGUGCGAUGAGUGUGAAGUUGACGAUAACACUGUAUGUAGUGAAGAUGAUAGGAAGGAACUCGCUGAUGACACUGAAUGCAGUGACUAUUGCGACAGUGACUUUCAUUCUAAUAUUGACGUUAACUUGUUGAUGACUCCGGUUCCAAAUAAUGCUUUUCUUAGAAAUCGUAAUGGAAAUAAAAUUAAAGUUAUUAUACAAUCUCCGCAACAAAGUGCAAAACAACCUCCCGUUUGCUUUAACGGUUCUAAUAUUUUGGAAAAUACAAAUGUGGCUACACCAAUAGUUCCAGAAGAAAACAAUGAUUCUGAGAAUCGCCUUAAAACCAUACUCAUUAUUAUGUAUGUUGUGUUAUAUUUAGUAUGGAUUUACAAAUAUUUCUGAAUUAUAUUUUUAUAAUAUAUAAAUUAAUUAUAUUGAAAAUAUA